CUUGGCCUCUGUUUUAGGCUUUCAUAGCCAUUCGUAUAUAUAUAUAUACUGUACACAGUUAAAAUUAAGACUGUUUUAAAAAAACUAAAUAAUAAUCAGUCAAUUAAGCUGUUUUACAUUUGUACGAAUAUAUUUCAGCUGGUUAAGCCAUAUAAAAAUCCAACUGAUAUGCCAACGUUUAUUUUUAUUUUUCUGUCGUUGAUGCAAAAUAUAAUAUCUUUGGUAAAAGAAAAAAAAACAAACAAACAAAAGAUGGUCUACUAAAAGCAGUUGAAUCAAAAGUGAAGUCUCUCUAUCUUCUCUCUCUAUCAAGCUCAUUGUCUCUCUAUUUAUAACAACACUUCACUUCCAUUUCAAACAGCACCAUCGUCUUUAGACAGAAGCAAGGCAAAAAAAAAAAACCUUACUCAUCAUAACACAUCUUUAACCAAAACCCUAAAAGAAACCUCCUUUCGAAAAAACCAUUUCUUCAUCAUCAUGUCAACCUCCAAAACCCUAGAUCAUAAUAAACCAUUUGAGACAUCCCAAACUCAAAUGGGUUUUGCUCUGAUCCACCAAAACACAUCCACCAACACAACCACCACCACCACAACGGGAGAGAGAAGAGGCCGGAGAUCAAAGCAAGCGGAGCCAGGCAGGUUCCUAGGAGUCCGGAGACGUCCAUGGGGUCGUUACGCAGCCGAGAUAAGAGAUCCAACCACCAAAGAACGUCACUGGCUCGGCACUUUCGACACAGCUCACGAAGCUGCUCUUGCCUACGAUAGAGCCGCUCUUUCAAUGAGAGGCACUCAAGCUCGAACCAACUUCGUCUAUACUCCAACUGAUGUUCACACCAUCCUUACAAACCCUAAUCUUCACUCUCUCAUUGUCUCUCCUUACAAUAAUAACCAAUCUCUCUUACCAAACUCUUCUCCACAGUUUGUCAUCGAUCAUCAUCCUCAUUAUCAAAACUAUCAUCAACCACAACAACCUAAACACACUCUCCCCCAAACUGUCUUACCUGCGGCUUCUUUCAAAACGCCAGUUCGUCAUCAAAGCGCGGAUAUUCAAUCGUUUGGUAAUAGUCCUCAAAACUCAUCUUCUAACGGCUCGUUAUCUUCUUCACUAGACGAAGAAAACAACUUCUUCUUCUCGUUAACAAGCGAAGAACAUAAUAACAACUCGGGUUACUUGGACUGCAUUGUUCCAAACCACUGCCUUAAACCACCUCCGGAUGCCGCCACCACCCAAAAUCUAGCCGGAGUUAGUUUCACAACUCCGGCAGCAAGCAAAGCCUCUGAAUCAUACGGAGGGUGUAGUAAUAGCUACUUCGAAGAUGGUGAGAUGAUGAUGAAUCAUCAUCAUGAGUUUGGUUCGUGUGAUCUCUCUGCCAUGAUCACUAACUAUGGUGCUGCUGCUGCUUCAAUGUCGAUGGACGAUUACGCGAUAAUGGAGCCGCAAGAUUUAUCUUCUCCUUCUCUCGCUGCUUUUGGAGAUGUUGUUGCAGACACUACAGGCUUCUACUCAGUCUUUUAGAAUAUUCUAUAUUACAUUUCUGUUUUAUAUAUAUCCAAUAAUAUUAUUAGUAUUUACGUUAUUCGAUGGUCGUUUGAUUUUUGUUGUUAGCUAUAUGUUACCGACUUUAUUAUUUAAAUCCUGCUUAUUUGUUUCAUGCACCAUAAGGUUACCUUACCAUGAAGUUUUGAUUUGUUUGUUUUUUCUUUUAAUUUGUAUUAUGGUUUUGAUUAGCAAAAGGGAUGAUGCGAGUUGUAUUAAAGACCACUUUUUGUCCACGCUACUUCCAACACACUCAUUAUGUAUAUAAUAAGUGUUGUGGUAUAAUAAUGAAAUCAAAUGACUUGCUCCAAACGGAUAAAUGACUAGGAGUGAACAACUAAUACAUACGUUAACACAGUAUUAGGAUUAUAAGAUUGGAUGCAAAAUACCCCAGUUUUCUAAUUUUGAUCAGUGUGUGAUCAGAUAUUAUGACUAUUUUAGGACAGUUAUAAAUUUUGACAUUAGUUUGAAAAUUUGAAUCAAAUCAUAAUUAGUGAGAGUUUU